CAAUAUUCAUCAGAAAAUCUAGUAAAGAAAAACUUGGUAAUGUCGUAACUUCGCUUCUCAUUAACUUUAUUUCUAGGUAUAAUCUUUUCAGCCAUUUUGAUUCGUGAUGGAGUGAAAGGCGCUAUUAACUUCGAAGUGACGUCACUUAAUGCUCAAGAUAUUACUUCCGUAACAGGUGGGCAGAUCAGCACGAAUGUACUUUAACAUAUCUAGCUUCAAWAGAUUAACCAGCCCCGCUGGAGCAGGUAACAAAGCAAGUGACAGUACCAGAUUUCAGCUAUAAAAACAGCAAACGUCGUUCAUCUAGAAUAGUUUCUGAAGAGAAUACAAGAAAGUCCUCGAGAAGGGAAUAUAGAAGAAGAAUACAUCAAGUGGAACUCAAGUUGGAAGAUGAAUUAUAGCACUGCUGCCUUCAAUGCAACAGCAUCUAGUUCUCAAGACAGRAACAGCAGAUUAUCACAGUACCCCAUUUGGUACUGGACUUUACGUGGAAUCAUUUCUUUUGUAACUGUUCUAGGGAACGGUUUGGCUAUAUAUUUAAUUUGUUCCCRAAAACAGCUACGCAAAAAGAAGUCUCCAAACUGGCUUAUUCUUUCACUGGCUGUAGCCGAUUUCUUUGUCGGGUUAUUCAACAUCCCUUCCUCGAUGUUCUGUAGGUUCUGGUUCAGUUGUAACUAUGUUACAUACCAAACUAUCAACUCUCUGAUGGAUGUGGUAAUGAUAGCUUCUGUGACUAACCUAUGCGUAUUAACUUUAGACCGUUACGUAGCUGUAGUUCAUCCCUUUCGCUACCUUUUCAUGUCUACUAGAUUGCGGGUGCGUCUACUGAUAAUACUCGCAUGGUUUAUAUCGAUUUUUAAGGGUGUUCCGUACCUUAUCUUYAAACUAACACGUUACGAAGACGGCUUAUUUGUGGAUAGUAUUAUUUACAUGAUUUUAUUCACCGUGGUUCCGAAUCUAUUAACAGUUUACGCCUAUACAAGGAUUCUACUGGUAGUCCGACGACACAGAGUCAAGAUCAAGGAACAUGAAAUGCAAGUGGCCGCCAACAUUGAAAACAAUCUCCAAGAUCAAAAAACCACAAAUACCAAAGCCCAAAGUGGGGCAGUAGCGGCUGUCGGUAUACUAAACCUCAUAUUUCUAUUCUGCAAUGGAUUUUUCCAGUACUAUUUGACUUGCAAGCUUAUYAAAGGGUGUGUGGUACCUACAAAUCUGCGGUACGCCACAUUCUUACUGCGGUAUUUUAACUCCGCGCCUAAUUUCUUUGUCUACGCAUUAGCGAGAAAAACUUUUCGUGACGAGAUCAAACGUAUGUUUUUUUAAAAGUACAUUUAUGGAGAUCAAUAUCCAUAAUUGCAGUGAGGGCUUGCAAACACUAUAUUAAUCAAUCAUACUAUUGUAAGUGUUUUCUAUUGAUUUCAAAAAUCAUCAGUCUUACUACUUUAUAACUGUAACUAAUGAAAAUUUAAUUCAAGUUCAUCUUCGCAAGUUUUUUUUUCUAUGAUCUUAAUCCCACAGCAUAUUCAUCAGUACAUAUUAAAAGUACAUUUAUGGAGAGCAAUAUCCAUAAUUGCAGGGCUUGCAAACACUAUAAUAAUCAAUCAUACUAUUGUAAGUGCUUUCUAUUGA